AUGACCGAUCGACGACUUCGCAGACCCUUUGCAGGGUGGACACCUAAUCGACUCGACGAGCAUGUUACUGAUUUCAUCAAACGUUCCGGUCUCAAAGAGCACAAUGUGCUCUUCAAGAAAGGAGCUUUGCUUGCACAGUCCAAAACUGCAUUAGACAAAGAAGAGACAGGCGACCUGGCACUCCAGCCCAAAGAACGAAGGGCUCUUAGGUUGGAGCACAGUAGUCGAUUUCUAGAUCGCUUCCAUCAGCCAAGACGACUGUAUGCGCUAGUCGUCUGCUGCUCCCUAGGUGCCGCUGUUCAAGGAUGGGAUCAAACAGCUGUCAAUGGCGCACAAAUCUAUUUUAGAGAAGCACUGGGCUUACACGAUGACAACCUGCUCGGGCUUGUCAACGGGGCACCCUAUCUGUGCUGCGCGGUAGCCUGUUGCCUCAACUACCCCCUCAAUAAAUAUCUCGACCGGCGUGGUGUCAUCUUCACAACUUGUCUGAUUAGUUCGGUCACCUGUUUGCUGCAGGCAUUCUCGCAGAAAUGGUGGCAUUUGUUCCUGGCAAGAUUCGCCCUAGGUUUCGGAAUUGGGCCCAAGAGCGCUACAAUCCCCAUCUAUGCAGCCGAAGCUGUUCCGGAGAAUAUUCGAGGAGCGUUGGUCAUGAUGUGGCAGAUGUGGACAGCUUUUGGUAUCAUGUGCGGAUACGUUGCCGGUGUUGCCCUUGCUCGUGUCGGGGGCGUCACUCAGGACAUAUGUACCGAUGCCGCUCUAGCAUGCGCCGACCACGUCCGCAAAAAUGGCAGAAGUGGAGAUUGUUCCGGCACCUCCUUCCAGCGCACUCUUCUCUCCAAGACUUGCAGUUUGAAUUGGAGGCUCAUGGUUGGGAGCCCGAUGAUCUUGCCACUAGUGGUGGUAGCUUACGUCUAUACUCUACCAGAGUCCCCACGCGUCUUGAUAAAGAGGGCUAGAAAAUGCUCCGACGAGGAGAGGGCUCCGGAUCUGUAUGAGAAGGCUUUCAUGGCGCUACGGAGUCUUCGUAAUGACAAAGUACAAGCGGCACGCGAUCUUUUCCUGAUGGACCAUCUCCUGGCUGAGGAAGAAAAGAUCAUGCACGAGCAGAAACGGUUUCGGGAACUCUUUGAGCUUGGCCGGUGUCGACGCGCUCUCACUGCAUCCGUCAUUUGCAUGUUCCUUCAGCAGAUGUGUGGCGUUAAUGUGACAGCGUACUAUUCCUCAAAGAUCAUGCGUGACGACGCAGGCUGGAGCGCGAACGACGCGCUCCUACUUUCAAUGGGCUUCGGUAUCAUCAAUUUUGUCUUUGCCAUCCCUGCCAUCUGGACUAUCGAUACAUUUGGUCGCCGUAACCUCCUCCUGUUCACGUUCCCGUUCAUGGCUCUCUUCCAAGGCAUCAUGGUCGUAGCUUUUGCUAUCGAGAAUGGAGUCACUCGACGUGUCCUAACAAUCAUUGGCAUGUACCUGUUUGGCAUCGCCUAUUCGCCCGGUGAAGGUCCAGUUCCGUUCGUCUAUUCGUCCGAAGCCAUGCCUCUUUACAAUCGUGACUACGGCAUGGGAAUCGUCACCGCCAUCAACUGGGCUUUCAACUUCAUCGUCUCUUUCACCUGGCCAGCGAUGAGUGGCAAGGAAGGGAUGGGCCCUUCUGGUGCAUUUGCUUGGUACGCAGUGUGGUGCUUGAUUGGCUGGUGGAUGAUUCUGCUCUUCGUACCUGAAACGAAAGGCUUGACUCUGGAGCAGCUUGACCAAGUCUUCGAGAAACCAACCAGCGAGUACGUAAAGCACGGCAUGGAUCAACUCAAAUGGUUCAUCGGAUACUACAUCCAGCGAAAACAUCAUCUAUGGGUUGAGAGGCCAGUUUUCCUGAGACAGGAGCAGGUGGAACUCGUGGUAGACCCCUUCAGCAAUGUCGUCAUGGGCGAGUUGAAUGUCACAAAGCGGCAUUGA